GAAUUGGAUAUUAAUCAAUUUAUUACAUUUAGUUUUUUUUCCGAUUGAUUGAUAUUAGUGUAACAAUAUGUAUAGUGAAUUUUUGAAAAUUAUUAAUCGUUUUAUUAUUGAUAUACAUUUGGAUGAACCACAUGUUUUGCGACGAUUAUUUCCUGUCAAUUGUGAAUACAUAAGACCAUUAUUGUUCACGAAUAAAACACGACAAUAUGAAAAUGGAAUUGAAGAAAAAUUACAAAGAUAUUUGCAAGAAUUUUCAACCACCGACACCACCAUCACCAAGGAUGUAGAGGAAAAUGAAGCUGAAAACAACAACAACAACAACAACGGCUACAAUUCGAUUGAUUCGACAAAAGAAACAUCAUCAUUGUCAAUGUAUAAACUUAUUGUUGAAAUAUUACGAAAAUGUGAAGAAUUCUAUUGCCAUAAUAAUGCCAUAAUUGGUCCAUUAGUAAAUGAAUGGAAACAUUUAUUCAAAAAUAACCUCAGAUAUUUAAACGAUGAUAGUUUUCAUGAAAAAGAACGAAUCCAACGAUUUUUGGAUGAAUUUUGUCGUCAUAUUGGUGCAUGGAUAAUUGUUGCCGAUGAUCAUAAGAAUCAAUUCUUACGAAUUAGUCAUAUGAUUAGAUGGAUUUGUAGCCAUAUUCAUAUACCAUAUCGUGUACCCGUAUCAUCAUUGUUUAACGAUCAUAAUAAUGAUGAUGAUGAUUAUUACAAUGAUUGUCAUCAUCAUGAUUAUUUUGCUUUACGUAUAUCCAUAUCGAUUGUUUAUCAUUUAAUUCAAUAUCGUAUUUAUUUACUUGAUCACUUUUAUCAAUGUUUGGAGGAAAUUCAAAAAUUAUCAAUGAAUUCGUUUAUGAUGAUGAAAUCGUGGCCACAAUCAUCAUCCGGUCAGUUGAUGAAUAUAAAUCCAACAACUGCUACUACUACAAAUACAUAGUGUAUGUAAAACAAGCAAUCUAUACAUCCGGUUUUUUGUUGAGAUAGACAGAAAACAAAAAUUAUUGUGAGAUUUUUGGAACAAAUUAAACGAAAACAACAACAAU